CCGUUGCCUCCGAGUGACGAUGAGGGCGACGACCCCCGAUCCUCAACGGUUCCUCUGGGCAGCGGUUCGACGCAGGAUUAGAUGGGGACCCAGCUGUGCAGACAGGCAUCGACGUCGACGUACACUGAUCUGCUGGAGGGGCGGACCCUGGUUGGUUAUGACGUAGGACUCGUAAAUCUCAGCUUCGGUUUGAGGUCUGGUAGUGUCGAGGACGUGACGCACACCGUUCUCAUGAACCCAACUUUUGGCACCAACCACACAACACCUUCAGUGAGGGCAUUGGGCCCUCCGGAUAACCGCGCCUGGCGUUCUGGUCAGCCGGGCAACGAACGUGGGCUCUUUCCGCCAAGGCGGGGGGCAGUGGGCACAACAGGUGAGGCCGCGUCGAGGACGAGGACAAGUGGAUCGGGUCCCUGUGGAUCGACUACACCAGGCGGCACAAUUGACGGUCGACGGGACGACGACGAGUGCUCCGCUGCGGAGGUCGUGGGACGAAAGAUGGGGGUGACGAGUAGAAAUGUCGUGGACUGCGGGAGAAGAUGGGACAACCUGUACCCGCAGUUCAAAACCGUGCACAAGUUCAUGGGAGAAUCGGGGAAGCCUAAUUUCUUCACACUAACGUCGGGGGAGAGGAAGGAAAGGGGAUUCGACUUUCAGAUGGAUGAGCGUGUGUAUUCGGAGAUGACGACCAUGUCCAGGGGCGAUCACACUAUACACCCCACGAAUCUCGCGGACACGGGUGCAGCUGGAGUUGUUCAAAUGGCCGGCCCACGUGGAGGUCGGAAUGAAUCCGGCGGUAGUGAGGGAUGCGGGGAUGGACUGGACGACGAUCAGGGAUCAACGAGGGAUUCAACUUUCAGCGGCGGUGGCGGUGGCGGGGGCGGCAAACGCAAGAAUGUAAGACAACAGACCUUCGACACAAUUGUGGACAUCAUGAAGGAGCACGGGAAUCUGAUGGCGACGACGGUGGACAGCGCGAGCAAGAGGCAGUGCUCAAUUCAGACGAGGCAAUGCGACAUUCUCGAGCGAGAGCUGGAAGUGCAGAAGGAGCACUACGUGAACGCCGACGAGGCGAACUUCAUGAUGUGCAACGCCCUUCUGGAGAUUGCUAAAGCGAUCUGCGAGCAAUCCUAACGUCGCUCGGCCACACAUGUCCGACAUCCACGCGAUUGCCACGUGUGCAGUUCUGGAGCAUCGCCGUU